AUUGAUGAGGGAUAUCUGACUCACGGCUGGAUGGUAGUCGGCUAGGUUUUAAGCUGUGUCUCUUUUGAAAAGUGAUUGAUCUUUAAAAGGGCAUACUUUUGAAAAGUUUAAAGCUUAUAAUUAAAGUGUUUGAAAUUUGAAAGGGUAAAACAUAUAUAGGCUGAGUGACGCUUUAGCAGACGACAAAUUUUCAGAAAGUGCAAAAAUGCCGGAAACAGUCACUGAAGAGAAACAGAACGAAGGGCCAGCUGAAACCCCUAAAGAGAGCAGGAAUAUUGUACUUACUGGCUUCGGUGGGCUGAAAACGUUGAAGGUACUGAAAAAACCGGAACCUAAACCAGCCGAAGGAGAGGUUCUUAUUAGCGUAAAGGCAUGUGGUCUGAACUUUGUGGAUUUGAUGGUACGUCAAGGAGUGUUGGAGCAUCCUCCAAAAACUCCAUUGACCAUUGGUUUUGAAUGUGCUGGUGAUGUUGAAGCUGUAGGUGAAAAUACUGAAGGAUUUGCUGUGAAUGAUAGGGUAAUUGGAUUCAUUAAUUAUGGAGCCUGGGGUGAGAAGGUGACAGUGCAGGCAAAGUAUGUAUACAAGAUGCCAUCUAACAUGAGCUACCAAGAUGGGUCUGCACUUCCAAUGAACUACCUUGCUGCUUAUAUCAUGCUGUUUGAUAUAGGGAACCUAAAGAAAGGAAUGACUGUGUUUUCACAUAACAUUGGUGGCGGUGUGGGCAAUGCAUUGGGGCAAUUGUGUAAGACUGUAGAAGAUGUUAACCUGUAUGGGACGGCAUCCGAGCACAAACACGAGGCUGUGAAAGACAAUGUCACCAAUGUGUUUAAUAGAACAUCUGACUAUUGUCAGGAAGUAAGAAAACUUUCUCCAGAAGGUGUGGACAUUGUUUUAGACUGUAUGUGUGGCGAGGAUACGAAUAAAGGCAUUUCUCUGCUGAAACCUAUGGGAAAAUAUAUCCUAUAUGGUUCGUCUAAUAUAGUUACCGGGGAAACGAAGAGCUUCUUUAGCUUUGCAAAGUCUUGGUGGCAAGUGGACAAGGUGAGUCCGAUAAAGCUUUAUGAUGAGAAUAAAACAAUAUCGGGAUUUCAGCUGCGAAACCUGGCCUUCCAGCAAAAUCAAGAUGCAUACAUCCGUGGUGUGAUGAAUGAACUCUUCAAACUGUACACCCAAGGCAAAAUUCACCCAGUUAUUGAUUCAUCCUACGCUUUUGAAGAUAUUGCUGAUGCAAUGAUGAAGAUGCAUGAUAGGAAAAAUAUCGGCAAGCUGAUCCUUGAUCCAACCAUGGAACCCAAACCUAAAGUACAGAGUGCUCCCUCUGUAGAAGGUGCUUCCCCUCCUGAUCAGAACAAAGAUGAUAAGGAGGAAAACAAAGAUGGUGUGGUCAAUGGCGAGCAACAAUAAUGAAAUAUUUCCAUCUCGUAUGGCUAUGUUUUCUCUGUCUGUGUAGACAUUAUAUUCCCAAAGCUUUUUUGCUUGUUGAGACAUUUGUACCGAAUGAACUUUAUGCUGAAUUGAAUUAGUGACAGUGAUUAGUACUUUAUUGAAUAAAAUAUUUUUGUUUACAAAUCUAAUGUAGUGUAGGGUAAGAUUUUUUUUUGCAUGUUUUCAACAUGCAUACAAAUGUAGUUCAGAUUAUUAUAUAAAAGGCUAGAAAUGGUUUUAAGGAAUUUAGUAAACAACAUUUAGAUAAAGGAAAUAUACACCAUAUUAGUCAGCAACCAACUCUUUUACUAAUUAUCAUUACAAACUUAUCAUAACCUAAAUGUCAUUUCUUAAACAAAAUCUGAACUUAAUAUCAUUACUAAAACAAAAUCAGAACUAAAUAUGUCAUUACUUAAACAAAAUCAUUUAGAAACAAAAUCUGAACUAAAUGUCAUAACUUCAACAAAAUCUGAACUUAAUGUCAUUACUUCAACAAAAGCUUAACUAAAUGUCAUUACUAAAACAAAAUCUGAACUAAAUGUCAUUACUAAAACAAAACCUGAAUUAAUUGUCAUUACUGAAACAAAAACUGAAUUAAUUGUCAUUACUUAAACAAAAUCUGAACUAAAUGUCAUUACUAAAACAAAAUCUGAACUAAAUGUCAUUACUUAAACAAAAUCUGAACUAAAUGUCAUUACUAAAACAAAAUCUGAACUAAAUGUCAUUACUAAAACAAAAUCUGAACUAAAUGUCAUUACUAAAACAAAACCUGAAUUAAUUGUCAUUACUGAAACAAAAACUAAAUUAAUUGUCAUUACUUAAACAAAAUCUGAACUAAAUGUCAUUUACUGAAACAAAAUUGAUAAACUAAAUAUCAUUACUAAAACAAGCUUUGAACUAAAAGCCAAUUUUCUUAAACAAAAUCUUAACUGAAUGUCGUUACUAAAACAUUGUUCCAAAUUGUAUAUCAAUUAUAGAAUCAAUUACUGAAUUUCAUUUUAAAUUUCUUAAAUUUAAUUCUACACUUAUUUCUAAAGUAUAUAUAUCAUUUAUUGCAUACUGGUACUAAAUAUUCCAACUGAAUAUCUUUGUGGACCAAAAGUCAUUGUUCUGAAAUAAAGAUAUUGCUAAAACUUUUUCGCAAGUACAUUUUUACAUUAUAUUCUAAAUAUCAAGACUGCUGCAAAUAAUCUUAUAACCCAACAAUAGUUGGUUCUUUCUUAGGCAUCAGACGAUACACCAUAUGAAAGAUUCCUAUGUUGUGAUUGUUGUUGUUGUUAAAACAUUGUACAUUUAUAUCAGUCUGAAUGUUUAAGUUUGUCACUUUUUUAUAGUAUUUUUUUUAUCAUUUUGUCUUAAUUACCCUGCUGAAUUUUUGUAAUUGACUUGCCUUGAUUAUUACUUUGGGAACAAUCCAUUAAUAGUUUUAUCAUUAAAAUACCAAAUAUGUUUCACACACAUGGUGGCCAAACUGGAAGCAUAAGUAUAAAAACUUCUUCUGACAACAUAUUCUUUUAAAUAAAUAUACAAAAUAUUUAUCAUAUCAGGUUCUCCUGGAAAUAUCAAAAUAGUAUAUGAAGCCAAAAAAAAUUAAUGUUUUUGUUCGUUUGUUAUUUGUUUGUUAAGUUUUCAAUAUUUACUAUUUUUAAUUGUUAUUAAAGGAAUGAUAUUGACCCAACAAUACCUCUAAGUCUUUUAUGUGAUCACAAAAUAAUUUACCCGUAAUUAAACCUUGACCUUUUUUUUAAUAAUGUAACUAUUAUGUCAAUUGAACGUUUAUGAUUUCUCACCCUACUAAAAAAAAAUGCUAACAAAGUAUUGUCCAGUAGAUAUAGUAUAAUGUUUCUUUGUUGCUAUGAAUCCUUUCUCUGAACUGAUAACUGCAAUAUUUUCUAUAUAUAUUGAAAUCCACCUUUAUUCAAACAUUCCAUGAAUAGUCACACCAAAAAGAUUUUCCCUUAAAAACAAUAAAUAUUAAUUGAUGUAUUUGCCUCAAUUGCAUUAAUUAGCUUCCAAAAAUGCCAGCUUUUGUCAUUUUUAGCUAAAAUCAAAUGUAUAAGAUAAUUUUACUGUUAUUUUUGUAUGAUAAAAAAGUUGUUUGGUUCAUUUAUUAGUAACAGAGAAAUGAGAAAUGCAUUACUGAGUUUUAUUUAAAAAGGACUUUGUCUAAUUUUUAUGUGACAUGUAGGUAUCCAAUGUUUAUUGUUGAGUGCCCUCCCUUAGUCAUAUUUCAAGACUUUAAAGGUAAACUUUAAACAAUUUUUUAUAUCAUAAAUAUAAUGCUCAAAUGAAGAUUUAUCAAUAUUAUAAGUUCCAAAAGCAUUAUUUGUAAAGAUAUUACCGAAUUUACAUUUCAUGUUAAUAAAGGGAGGUAAUUAGAAAUUUAUUUUCUAUAAAGUCUAAUUCAAAUUUUUCAAUAAGAAAUGAAUGCAUAUAUUUUAAUGAUUACAUAUAAUGUGGACAAAUAUUUGCAGUACAUGUUUUACAUAUUCUUCGAUGUUUGAAAGCAUAAUUAUAUACAUAUAUAAAAUUUCACUUAAGUGUGGUAACAAUCUUAAUUACAACAUACAGGAUCUUUAAAGCUUUAUCCAAAAUGUAAAAGUAUGUUUAAAUCUGAAAAAAAGAUAAAAAAAACAAACCCUACUGAAAAGUGUAACCGAUUUAUCUUGCCAAACAACAUUUGAUUGGCCAGCCAACGCUCUCUUCCUAAUUUGCCAAAAAAUCUAGGAUUUUUACAUUAAAAAAAUAAAUGAAACCACUGAUUUAUCAUUCUAUAUCGGAUAUUUUCUCAAAAAUACCAACCUGGAAAUACCAAUACAAUAGUCACCUGUUAUUGUUUUGUUUGUUGUUAGUGCAAUAUCGUAUUUAUAAGUACAUUGCAAUGGUGCUUUGUAAUGUAAUGUGUUAAAAAGAUUUGAAAUAUUUAUAGUAUAUUAUAAAUAUAUGUAUACAUAGCUAUAUAUUUAAAUGAUUAUUAUUUAUUCAAUGUGUUUACCCUUAUAUUGUAAUAAAUGUAUGUACAAUAAAAGAAA